CUUAAGUGAACGAAUCAAAAGACUGCAGAAUUCGAAAAGUUGUAUUUUGACUACACGAGGACGGAAAUUUAAGCACGUUUAGUCUGUUGACUGCGAAUGAGCCCACGGCGAUUUCAUGUGGACAGCACGUGAACAGACAUCGCAAAACAAUAACAAACCUUCACGCCACACGCGGGCAGGAAAACUGUGUCACGUUGCUUGAAACCAUAAAACAAUUAGAUCGCCAUCGUUUCAGGGUUAUAGACGAAUUGUCCGGAAGAACGAAAGCGUUAGACCUGACUGACAUUUAUUUGUAGCUUCAGAGAGGCGAACAGAAACUUUCCGCUGUUGCUGAUACACCAGUUUGAUAACAGGAAAAAUUUGGGGCCCAUCCGUUCGCAGCUGUCAGUUUCAAUAGUUCCGUCGAAGGAAGAAAAUGGAAUCUUCAAGGCGUUUGAAAACCGUUGAUAACUCUUUCGUGGCUGUCAUGGAGCAGUUUGUGAAGACAGUCGACAGAAUGGAUAACACCGUACUCAUCCCUAUGAAGUUGAUAGAUUUGCCUGUGAAAGAGUUAAUGCCGACGAGCGGGAAAGACUCCUAUCUUCAAAAUAACAUGAACAUGAGAGCUUUCUACUUCAUGGUUAAAGCAUUGAAAAUUAAGCUGUCACUGGGAUACAGUCCGCCGACUGAAAACGAUGCGAACAUGAUUCCCCUUGAGAGAGAAAUCCAAGACUCUUGCCAACGGUUAAAUCAGCUUACUUUGCUGGCAAGGUACAUCAAAACAUCAGCGCAAAACCUUGGUCCUAACCAUGAGCUGCCUUCUUUCAAGGACUUCAAAGCCAAGACGACAUUGGACCCCGAAAACUGCCUCGUGGAAGCUAUUAAGAGGUUUGCCGACGAAGUGGAAUCUAUGGAAAAGUCCGUUUUGUUCCCUCGUCUCCUCGAAGACUACAGUGUGAACGAGCAGAUGCCUCAAUUUGACGAACAAGCUAAAACUCUACUCGAUGUUUUCGUUUUGCUCGAGAAACUUCGCACUGAGUUGCUGUCAGGCUCGCGGAAUUUCGAGCUUCCAGACCCGAAACUACACCAAAAACUGUCGGAGUUGUUCCAAACAUUUGUGCAGUAUACAACUAUGGCUAGAAAUCUUACGGCUCGUUAUGAAGAGGAGGUGCGAUGCUUUUGAUUUGAAACUGAACUAGAAAUAAACGGGCGUUUUUACACGCUCGAAAGGUGCGCCAAAUCGUGAAAGAUUUAACUCGAUUAUUGUGCUAAUUUUCUAGGCGCUCCUGUGCAAACUUCCUGAUUUUUUUUGCGAGUUUGCCAACGAUUAGAUUGAUUUUGUUUAAUAUUGAAAAAGAACUUGAUGAGUUUUUGUAAAAUUACAACUCGAAAGAUGCUCUUGAAUAUUGUAAUGUAGUAUUACUACAAAAAUUUUGAGUGUAUUUGUCGGACAAGAAUGUACAGAGAAGUUGCGGUACAAAGUUUCGCAAGAAGUUGUAAAGAUUGUUGUUUAUAACACGUUAGUAAGUGUAAAUUUAUAGUUUAAGCAGAAAGGAUGCUUGUAUGCAUACCGUAGAGGUAAUGCAACGAAAAUAAAUUCUUUUCAAAGGUAAA